UGUUGCUGAGUGAGGUACAAAGGUAGCUUUCUUUGAGAGGAACACCUGCAGGAUUCCAGUCACACAGUAACAAGGAAAUGGAAUAUGGGCAAAUGUUCAACAGCAGGCUAACUGGGCAUAAAAAACAACAACUGCCAUGGGGAACAAUGUCACUAAAACAAUAGACAAGUGGGGAUUAAAUCCAAGAAAAUUUACAUUGAAGCGAGCGAAGGAAAGAAAAGGUCCGCCUAUGGUUCCCGAUCACCAGGCUCCUGUAUACUACCCUCAUUUAUAUGACUCUGAGACAGCCGAACCACAGUACGCUCAGGUCAACAAAAGACGAAAGCAGGAUACUGACGAUUUACACUACGCUGACAUUCAAGUCCUACAGCCCAAAAGUUUGACCAGCAGAAGAGAACAGACAAUGAACAAUCACAGUACCACACAGUAUGCAACUAUAGACUUUAAAACACCUGUGAGCCCACACACACCAGAUGAGCCAGCAGAUCUGUUCAUCCCACCUGGAGUACUGAAGAGACCAAAUAUGAGGCCCUCUCGCAAAUAGAAUGACAAGUCACAGUAAAAAUAGUAAUUAAAAUGAAAAAUUGUGUCAGUUGGCAUGUUUAAACUUUAUAUUGUAUAUUUAUUCUUAAAAAUUUGAUGAUCUGUCACAAUGUGCUCUUGAGCAAGGCACUGCAAUGCAGUUUGUGUACUGUAAGUAUUGAUUUAAAAAGAUUUAAAAGAGAUUUUCAUUUACAAGCAAGUGCAAUAAAGAGAUUUUACUUA